GUCGGCGAGCGUGUCGGCGGGAUCCUGACCCGAAGCCUGCAGCUUUUUGGGGCGCUGAGGAGUCCGGCGGCCAGCCCCGCGUUCGCGCUUUCUCUCCAAGACGCUCUCCAGCGGGCCCCCGGGGACCGCGGGAUUGACAGCCGUCACGGGCCCCACCCGCGGAGCAUCCUGCCUGGCUAGCUUGUCCAGGCGCCGCGACACCCGCGGUUGCGGCUCCGGUGGCGGCCUGUUGAGGCUGAUGGGACGGAGGCCCCAGAGGGAAGUCACUUACCAGAGUGUGUAGGUUCUUCAUCCAGAGCUCAAGUUGUCUGACUCUUGGGAACAGUGAGACCUGCCCCUCCAGCUCCCUCUCCUCAUCUGAGUGGCCCGCGCUGACCAGGAGUGAACUCCCUGUUGGUCCAACAUGAACUGGAAGGUUCUUGAACACGUGCCCCUGCUGCUGUAUAUCUUGGCAGCGAAAACCUUAAUUCUCUGCUUGGCAUUUGCCGGAGCCAAAGUAUACCAAAGGAAAAGAUUGGAAGCAAAACAGCAAAAACUGGAAGCUGAAAAGAAGAAGCAGUCAGAGAAGAAGGAUAACUAAAGGGAAACCAAAGAUUUUGUAAUUUAAAUGUCAGCUUGAGUGGACUCCAGCUGAGAAGAAAGACUUAAUUAUUGAAUGAUAUGUCAGAAGAUAAACUCCCAGCCUAACUUAAAAUGAUGUGAAUUUUUAUAUGCUUUUAAAGAACCAGUAUUUUGUUUACUAAAAUA